AUGGAAAUCGAAGCCCCUACCUUCAACUCAUUGAACAAGCCGCAGAAGCGAGCUCUGAUUCUACGAGAUCAGCUUCGCUACACAGAGCCACGUCACCUAGACACCUUUAUUGAAGGUAUCACUGACGACGAGCCGCCGACUUAUAGGAAGAUCAACGGCAAGGUCGUGCCUACUCUCACCCUCGUUACCAUCAAGGACACAGCAACUCGAUUCGACCUUGGAAAUGUGUUCUUCCCAGAGGAAGAUAAUGCUGUGCAUCGAGUAUACUUGACGGUAGAGGAUGGCCAGUUCGAGAUGCGCACAGAAGUGCCUUUGCCCAAAAAUGACGCAAACCUCGAGUCAGUUCCCAUCCAUGGAUUUAUCGCUGGCGGCAUGGUGCAGAUGUUCAAGGAGAAGUUCCAGGCAAUCUUCGCUAGGAAGGAUAAGAUCAACGAUGCCAGACGGGCCGCUUACAAUAAGCCGCAGCAGCCGCCCGUGAAAUUCCACGAAGGGGAGACACUUGCUAGGCUUGACCCUGCAAAGGCUGAGCAGAAUGGAGAGGCCUCUCAAGGCGAAAAGCGCAAAUUGGGCGACCCUGUGGUCAAACAUGUCGCGAACAAGCGGAAGCGCACAGGCCUCGACACCAUUCCCAACGAUAUGAAGAGCGCGACCUUCAACACUAUCCCACAACAUAUCAAAGUGGAUCUAUUCAACAACAUAGUGAUGACUGCAUUUCCCAACUUCGACAACUUAAUGGUUGCAGCCUGGAACGUGGUGUCUGUUUACUCGAACUUCGGAACAGACUUCCCUGAUCUCCAUAGCUCUAUCGUCGAUUUGAAACACGUGCUUGUAGAUUUCGAUGAAGCUUUUGCAAUGCGUGGAGAUCGGACAGAGCCUAGGUAUCGCCAUGACUUUCACCCUGCUUCGCGA